AUGACGCCAAAGCACCGUGUUGCUUCAUCUCUUACACGAACAACCGCAAGGCGCUUCGGUCCUCAAGGCAGCUGGACGAGCGGCUUGGCGUCGUCGAGAGCUUCUAGUCAGCAAUGGUCCACUAGCGCUGCCUUGGCUGGCAGGCGAUGGGCUUCUCAGCAGGCUCAGUUCGUCUUCCUUCGCGCACGAAACACGAAUGGCUCUCACUACGGCGUCUACGCCCUUCGUGCAGCUCUUGGUGCCACUGCUCUUGCGGCUGUGACGCUCUCCUUGACCGACCCUGUCCAUCUGGACGCUCCAGACUCCGCUCAGACCAAGUCGAUCGCGCAAGCUCAUCGCGAAGAUGUGCAGCGUGAAGACGAAUCCCAUCGACCCUAUCGCCCGCUUCGUGCGCAGCCAGUAUCGAUGCUGCUCACCAACUACGCCGUCUUCACGCUUUGUUCCUUCGGCUCCCUGGCCAAAGUGGGGCCGCAGCUCAUCGAGUGGAGCUCCAACACCUCGUUGCCUUUCGUUUGGACCGUCACCGAGUAUGUCAUCCGCCGGACCUUCUUCCGUCAAUUCAUCAGCGAUGACACCGCUGAGGGCUCACUGCCUCUGCUCUCGUCCCUCUCUCGCGACAAUCUCGGCGCCAUGCUCAACUUUUCGGUCGAAGUAACUCAUGAUGGCAAGCCUGCCAAGGGAUCCGACAACGCAAAAGCACACCACUCGGCGGUUCACCGCCCUUUCGUCGACGAGCUCUUGCACAGCAUCGACGUAUCGGCCAAGCUCGCUGCUCUUCCUGCUUCUCACGGCGUUGCUGACAGCGAUCAAGCUGCCGAGCUAGCUGUGCGACCCGACCGAUCUGGAAGCACCUUUGUCGCUAUCAAGCUUUCGGGCUUGCUGUACGACUCAUCGGUGCUUGAGCGGGCUUCUGCUGCCAUUGUGCCUAGGGAAUGGUUCAGCGCUCCGCCCGAACCCCUCCCUCCGCUCAGCAUCAACGGCAUGGGUCCUUGCGGAGGGCUCGCCAUCCCUGUCGCCGCCCUGACCCCGAAGGAUGUCGACGCGCUCAAGCAGCUUUGGGAGGCUCUCCGCGAGGUCACAGAGCGGGCCAAACAGCACGGCAGUGUCCGUCUCGCCAUCGAUGCAGAAUACAGCUGGUAUCAGCCCGCCAUCGAUGCCAUGUACGAGGCCAUCGCUGCCGAAUACAAUCGCCCCACCUCGGCCUCUCGCGACGCUCCCCAGGGCAGUGUCACGGGUCCCCUCGUCUACAAUACCUUCCAAGCAUACCUUCGUCGCACCCCAUCGCACCUCGCCGCCUCCUUCGAACGCGCCAAGCUCAACGGAUACACGCUCGGUGUCAAGCUUGUCCGAGGCGCCUAUGUCGAUCAAGAGAAUCGCAUCUGGUCCGACAAGAUUGUCGACACACCUCCUGUUCCCGGCAAGGGUGCCGAUGCUCCUGCCUAUGAAGGGUGGGGCAGCCCUGUCUGGCCCAACAAGGAUCUCACCGAUCGAUGCUACGACGGCUGUGCCAUCCGUCUUGUCCAGGAGGUCCAUCAAGAUCUCGUACGCACCGCCAAGAAGGGUUCGCAGCCGACACUCGCCGUCGUCUUUGCCAGCCACAAUACCCAAUCGUCGCUCAAGGUGAUCCGCGAGAUGGUGCGGCUGGGUAUGGCCAAGCCUGCACCAGCACUCUGGCAGGCCACCAAGAACGCAAGCCCUGGCACGAGCGAAGUGGCGCUACUCCAGCGUGUACCUCUAGUCGACCUGCAGCUGCAAGAGUCGGUACGGGGCCGCAUCUUUUUCGCCCAGCUUUACGGCAUGGCUUCGGUGCUCACCGCGCGUAUACAGGCUGCCUUCGACCCCAACUCGGGCGGCGUUGGCCCGCAUAUGGUGCUCAAGUAUAUUCCAUACGGUCCUCUGGAGCUGACGUUGCCGUAUCUGAUCCGCCGUGCUCUUGAGAACGGCGACAUUAUGACCGGUGGCGCUGCCGCUGAGAAGGCGCUUGUGUGGGACGAGCUGAUGCACCGCAUCGGCCUGCGUCGCUGA